AUGGCAUCUCCUUUGCAGUUCGCGUAUCGGACCCAAAAGACCAUUGGUGUCUUUGACGCCGCUCCGGUCUAUCAGCCCCUCGCUGGGUUCGUCAAGCCCGAAGGGAAUUUACGGUGCAGCGCAUACUCACCUUGCGGCCGCUUCUUUGGCUGGGCCACUCCCGAGUCUGUAACCGUCGUCGACACCUCUACUGGCAACGUUGUACUCGUCUUGCCCAUUGUCAACGUCUACGAGCUUGGUUUCUCCCCCCUAGGUACCUUUGUCAUUACCUGGGAGCGACCAAGCAAGGAUGAAGCUGGCGACGCUACCAAGAAUCUCAAGAUCUGGCGUACCGUCGAGGAGGGUGUCGCUGGAGCCGACAAACAGCCCAUUGGUCGCUUUGUCCAGAAGCAACAAGGUGGCUGGAAUCUUCAGUACACUGCUGAUGAGAAGUACUGUGCUCGUCUGGUCACCAAUGAAGUGCAAUUUUACCAGAGCCACGAUCUCGUCACCGUUUGGAAUAAGCUGAGGGUUGAGGGAGCCGCUAACUUCGCCCUCGCCCCUGGCAGCCAGAACCACGCCGUGGCUGUGUUUGUCCCCGAAAGAAAGGGCCAACCAGCCGUCGUCAAGGUCUACAACGUCCCGCUCUUCCAGAACCCCAUCUCCCAAAAGACCUUUUUCAAAGGAGACAAAGUUCAGUUCAAAUGGAACAAACGCGGUUCCUCCUUGCUUGUCCUGGCCCAGACAGAUGUCGACAGAUCUGGCAAGAGUUAUUAUGGCGAGACCACGCUGUACCUGCUUAGCACCAACGGCGCUUUUGAUGCUCGCGUGACCCUCGACAAGGAAGGUCCUAUUCAUGAUGUGUCUUGGUCACCAAACUCGCGCGAGUUUGGUGUCGUCUAUGGCUACAUGCCAGCAAAAGCCACCAUCUUCAACGACCGAGCUGUGGCUAAAUACUCCUUCCCUCUGGGUCCUCGCAACACCAUUACGUUUUCCCCCAGUGCCCGCUUUGUUCUUGUUGCUGGCUUUGGCAACUUGGCAGGUCAGAUCGAUGUGUAUGACUUGGAAAAGGACUACCGCAAGGUCUGCACCAUUGAAAGUGGCAAUCCCAGCGUGUGCGAAUGGAGCCCUGAUAGUCGAUAUAUCAUGACGGCCACGACCUCGCCUCGCCUCCGUGUCGACAAUGGCGUAAAGCUGUGGCACGUGGGCGGCACCAUCAUGUAUAACGAAGAUAUGGUCGAGUUGUACAAUGUUCUGUGGCGACCGUCGGCUCCUGAGAAUGUGGCCGGCGGGGAUCCGCUCAAUCCUGUGCCCUCCCCUCACACCUCUGCUGCUGCCUACCUUGGUACGGUGAAGACGCCCAGCAAGCCUGCAGGAGCCUACCGACCUCCUGGUGCUAGGGGCCUUGCUACACCACUUCACUUCAAGCGUGAAGACGAGGGUGGUGCCGCUCACUUCGUGAGCAACGGAACGCAGAAUGUUGGACCCAAUGGCUUUGGCCGCCCUCGCCGAGGAGUCCCUGGCGCCGAACCUGCGGAAGGCUCACAGCCCAAUGCCAAGAGUGUCCCUGGUGCUGAGCCGUUGGGUGACGAUGGCGCCAAGAAGAACAAGAAGAAGCGCGGCAAGAAGAACCACCAAGAGGGCCGACCUGCUGAGGCAGAGCCCAAUGGUGGUGCUAGCCUUGCUCCAUACGACAACCGUGCCCCUGGAUCUGGUAGGAGCCCCGAACGUCGCGGCCCGCCUAACAGCAACGGCCGAGACCACCGAAGCCGAUCAAGGAACAACGGUGGUAGCCGCAGCAGAAGCAACACUCACCACGGACAGCGAUUCAACCCUGGUCAACAGAACAACUACCCUGCGCAGAACCAAGGCGGCGCGCCCGUCGCGGCUCCUGCGAUUGAUGCUGGCCAGAGUGCCAAUGCCAAGAAGGUUCGCAGCCUCCAGAAGAAGAUUCGUGCGAUCGAGGAUUUGGAAAUGCGACUUGCUGGUGGGGAGAAGCUCGAAGAUACACAAGUCAAGAAAAUCAACACCAAGUCAGCUGUAUUGAGAGAGCUCGAAGGUUUGGAGAGGGAGGCAUAA